GUGUUUAAAAGCUGUAUAGAAUAACUAAUAUUUUCAACGUUAGCGACUUUAUGUAGCCUUUAGAAACACGUAUAGUAUAGCUGACAGUUAUUUAAUUUUGAGCUUAAUUAACAUCAAAUUAUUUGCAUUCAAUUUCUGCAUUUCUGUUGAAAUAUAUGAAAAGGAACAUUUUUGAGGUUAUGAUGUUUGCUUGUUUGCUUUUUUUUCCCUUUAAAAUAAAGAAUUUUACUUAGAUUAUUUUGGAUUUACUGAAAAAAAAAAAGGACUAAAUAUAAAGCAAUAUUUAUAUGAGACUUAUAAGUGUACGAAAACUAAAGUUUUGUCAUUUGUAAUCUAAUAAACGUUAAAUAGACCAGUACGAUUGUAGUAAUUAAUUGUAUAAAUCGUCUCAAAUCGACAUUGUGUUAGAAGAAUGUGUUUCAAAAUUCUGGAUCUUACGAACAUUGUCUCCUUAACAGUGGCAUUGCUUCUAUCAAAUGUUUCAUCUUCGCCAUCAGGGCCAAGUCUCAAAGAUUUACAAAGCAAGAAAUGCCCUGAACAGAGACCUACUUUGUGCAUACCCUAUGGGGCAUGCUGCAAUUACUCUGAAUUCUGUUACGCUGGGAUAUGUGAGUCCUGCUUCCCUGAGGAGGCCGUUAAGUCAGACCUGUUGAAAUGGUGCAGAGAACGCGGACAACACACUGUGUCAUUCAUGAGAGAUAACUCUUGUCGAUUCGCGUGUCAGAACAGAUUUACUUCCCCUGAGCUGACAGUCUUUAACGACACCAUUUUCUAUGAUGAGCGCUAUGAAAAAGCAAAAGAUCUUCAAAUUGAGCAUAAAGGCUACACUCCAGAUGCAUUUGGACUGACAGCGUUCAUACUUGUUAUAUUACUGAUGCUGAUGAUAAUCAUUUAUAUCAAAGGAAAGUGUUUAAUUCAGAAACUAAAAACAAAAACAAUGUCACAACAAAAGUCUAAGGCAGCGACAACAGUGGAAACAGAUUUAGAAUGUGCAAGUAGCCAAGAAAUUGAUUGCAAUGACAACAAGACCAAGUCACGCUUGACUGAUUCAAAACUGGAACAUCCUGCAGACGACGUAAAAAACUCUUCACUUGGGCAAGAAAAAAACCCAUUUAUCAAGACAGAAAAUGUAGAUAAUAUACAACCAACCAAUGUAAUUCAACCGAAGGGUAUCGCAAUGCCAGAGGGAGACUUAUAUAGACCAAAUCACAUUAACUUCUGUAAAAAAUGUCUUAAUUCUAAUUUGAUGGAUAUGGAUGACUAUCAUGAUGAUUGUAAAGAGCUCAUGGAUAUAGAAAGAGAUUUGAUUAAGAAACGCCACAAAGGAACAAUAAAAAGUAAAGAUCAAGAGGGUGACUUUGAAGAAUAUUGUCCAUAUAAGGAGCCAGCUGAGUCAUUCACAAUCAAGAAAAAACGUGCUUGUGAAGCUUUUGGUUCUGUUGAAGAGAUCAAGCGACUGAUGGACAAAAGCCAAGGAGAUGCUGCUUCUCAUUUACAAAGUCCUUCUAUAAGCUCAUUAAAUGCAGUUUCACCAACAGAAGAAAAACUCUUUGUCGAUUCUUUAGGUGAUUCUUCUAAAGGUAUGUAUCAAGAUAUUGAAGUGCACCUGGAAGAUAAAAGUUCUGCUAAAGAACAUUUUCCAGUUCUUCAAAGAAAUGAAUCGAAACCCCCAGCAAAAGGAAUAGAAAUACUGCCAGAAGGACCAGUCAACAGAUUAGAUGGGGAAAGUAAUUUGUCACAAGCAGAUAUAAGAAUAUAAAUGUUUUUGUAUUGACAACACAACCUUAGAAAACAUCUUGGUUCAUAUUUGUAACCGCUCAUACAUCGAAGAUAAUUAUUUAUUCACUACGUUGUAUUAAUACUCUAAUCGCUUUACAACAUUAAUGGCUCAAGAUUUUUGUUUAGAUGUUGUAAAAUAUUCGUGUUACACAAAUAACAAACUAGUGUUUAAGAGGGAAGACAUAUUAGGAACUCCAUUUAUUACGUAAACACAAGCGGUGUUGCACUGACGCGCUAGUGUGCAAAUGUACAUAUAAUACUAUUAUGUUACAUCUCUCUUCUUUAAUUUAGAAAAUCUAUUUAUCAAAAUAACUAACAAACUAGUCAACUAAAAAGUCAAUUCACAAAUCAUGUCUCUUGGAUUUGUUAACUAUUCUGCCUGAGCGUGUUACGUAAGGUUCAUGUGGUCUAGCGGUGUUAGAAGAAGCAGUGUGUAGUGGCGGCUCACAAUCUAGUGUAGUUUGUAAUCUUGGACUCUCUAGAUCUAGUGGUUCUGGUUGUUCUGAGAUGUCAUCUGGAAAGUCAUAAUUAUUGUCAAAUCUGUUUGCUUUCUCAGAAGACUUUCUGAUGUGUUUUCUGUUUCUUCUGUAGACCUUAUUUCCACUUUUGACAUUAUAUGAUCUAGGCUUAGAAUGCUUCGAAACUACUGUUCCUGGUUCCCACUUAGAAUUAAGUUGCAUUCUGACUGCCGUUCCGUCUUGUAGUGGAUUAUGACUCUUAACUCCAUUCCUCUUAUCAUAAUAAUGUUUCUGAGACUGUUUCUCGGAGUCAAAGUGUUUCUUCACCACCUUGAGAUCUGGUGUCUUAGGUGUGAGUAUUUCCUCGCUCGAAGGUAACAAAUUUCUGGGUCGGCGUCCCAUGAGUAAUUGUGCUGGCGACAAAUUAAUAUUACUCAGUGGAGUAGUUCUGUAGUCUAAUAGCGACAGAGAUAUGUCUUCGCUUAUCUUCCAAAGUUUCUUCACUGUUUGAAUAGCUCUUUCAGCCUCGCCAUUAGAACUCUGAAAAUGAGGACUCGACAUUUCAUGCUCUAUUCCGUAUGAUUUACAGAAAUUCAGGAAUUCCCUUGAAGAGAACUGUGGCCCGCUAUCUGACCUUAACUUUCUAGAUAUUCCAUGGCAUGCGAAUAUACUCUUCAUUGCUUCGAUGAUAUCUGAUGUGGUUUCCUGUGACAGUUCUUUGACAUCAAUAAACUUUGAGAAGUAGUCAACUAGAAGCACAUACUUUUUACCCUCAAAGUUAAACAGAUCACACCCAACCAUGCUGUAUGGAAGGUCUGGUGUCUUGGUAGGCAUUAGCGGUUCUGACACAUUUUGAUUCUGAUGUUCAGCACACCUGCUACAAUCCCUAACUGUCACUUCAAUGUCUGCAUUCAUGCCUGGCCAAUACAUGACUUCUCUGGCUCGCUGCUUACACUUGACUAUUCCUAAGUGAGACUUGUGAAUCAUAUUUAGCAUGUAUUUACGUAAGCUUGGUGGCAUGACUAUUCUCAGACCUUUGUAUAUAAUACCAUCCGAAGUUGAUAACUGGUCUCUUGAAUCCCAAUAUGGUCUGACUUCAAUUGGAGUCUCGCUUCUUGUGUCUGGCCAACCAGUCAUAAUUACUUCCAGAAGCAUUGAAAGUUCCUUGCUUGUACAGUCUUUAAUUUCACUGUAUUUCGAAUCACUUACAGAGAUCAUAAGCACUGAAUCAUCUGUAAAUUCACAUGUCUGUGUAUCAGUAUUUGGUAGAUGUGCACGAGAAAGUGUAUCGGAGAUAAACAUUUCCUUGCCUUUUCUGUAACAGACUUUCAGAUCAUACCACUGUAGUCUUAUUAGCAUCUUCUGUAUUCUCAUUGGUGCUGACAAUAGAGGUUUCUUGAAGAUUUGCUCCAGAGGUUUGUGAUCAUUAUAAACUGUUACUUCUUUACCAAAUAUGUAGCAGUGAAAUUUGCUUGUACUAUACACAAUUGAGAGCAUUUCCUUCUCAAUCUGAGCAUAUCUUGUUUCUGUAUCUGUGAGAGCUCUUGAUGCGUAUGCAAUUAUACGGCCUUCCUGGAGUAAUGCUGCUCCCAGUCCAUCUUUACUUGCAUCACAUUCUAUCUCUACGUUCUUGUUGACAUCAUAAUAUGACAAAUCUGGAGGGUUUGUACAAAGAUGUUUCAAUUCUUCAAAACUCUUGUUUUGUUCAUGAUUCCAUUGAAAUUCUACAUCAUCUUUUAGAAGCUUUCGUAUUGGAGCAUCUGCUUGACUUAGAUUAUGAAUAAAUUUUGCUAGGUACUGAAUUAAACCUAGAAAUCUUCUGAUUCCAUCUUUGUCUUGAGGAGCUGGCAUGUCAAUAAUUGCCUUUAUCUUUGCUGGAUCUGGUUCUAAACCUUUCUCUGACAAGAUGUGACCCAUAUAAGGUACUCUGUUUUGCCUUAUCUUGCACUUGUCAUAGUUCAGCUUUAGAUUGUACUCCGUUGCUCUUUGCAUGACUUGUUUCAAAAUGUGAUCAUGAUGUUCAACAUCUCUACCAGCUACUAGAAUGUCGUCUACGAUGACAUAUGCUCCUUCAAUACCUUGAAGCAUUUCAUCUAUAAUUCUUUGGUAAAUUUCUGGCGCUGAUUUGAUUCCAAAAGGUAAUCGUAACCAUCUAUAUCUUCCCAGAGGUGUGUUGAAAGUUGUGAGAAAUGAAGAUCCUCUUUCAAGCUUUAUUAGCAUAAACCCUGACUUGGCAUCGAGAACUGAGAAUAUCUUCGAAUCUGGAAUAUUAGUGAUCACAUCUUCAAUAGUUUUCAUCGGGUGAUGUUCCCGUCUGAUUGCUUUAUUGAGAUUUUUUGGAUCAAUACAUAUUCUCACUUUGUCAUUCCUGAACGAAACAACCAUGGAGCUAACCCAUUCAGUAGGUUCAUGUACUGGAGUAAUAAAUCCAUCAGCUUGCAUUUCUUUAAGUUUUUCUUCAACUUUAUUGCGUAGUGAUGCUGCUAAGCGACGUGGUGGAUGGAUAACUCCUUUAGCAUUUUCCUGUAACUGAAUCUUGUAUUCUCCUGGCAGUGUUCCAGUUGUUUUAAGCAUUUCAGGAAACUCUCUUUGUAACUCGUCUUCUGCCUUGGAUUCUAUGCUGUCAAUCCGUUGUAGUAGUCCUAAACAUUCUGCUGUGUCACCACUCAAAAUGUUCUCUUGACUAAUGUCUACUACCUCAAACCUUGCUUUCACCUCUUGGAUAUUAUUUUUCAAAGGUAGCACUACUGCUCCUAGAGUCUUAAUAACAUGAUUAGAGUAAGACUUGAGCGACUUUGCUGAAUAAGCAAGUUUUACUUUGUCUUUGAGCUUUUCAAACUCUGACUUGACAAGAAUGUUACAUCUUGCACCAGUGUCGAUACGAAAAAUUAAUGUCUUGCCAUGUACUACUAGUUUUACAGUCCACUUGUCUUCAACGACAUUGAUAUUCUCAAUAUUACCCUUUUUAUACUGGCUACUUGCAGUGCUAACAGGUAUAAUAUUUUCAUCACUGUGACUGUCAUCUUCUACUAGAUUGACGUUGCGUCUUUUUCUGCACAUUUGAAACCAUUGGUUUUUCUUUUUGCAGAAAUUGCAUGUGAUUCCUAUUGCUGGACAUUUUCCCUUUUCGUGGUUCUUGCCGCAUUUACUACAUAAUUUAUCUGAGUUGUCUUUAGACUUCUGCUUUAGUACAUUGUGUGACUGUCUCUUGAUUGCUAGAACUUCUUGGCCCCUAAACAUUUUCACUUGGCUUUGUGACAAUUCAUAUUGUUGUCCUAUUUCAAUAGCCUUGCUAAGGGUCAACUUCUGUCCCUGAUCAAGUAGUCUUAAUUGUACCUUUUCGUGUAUGACUCCACUAAUAAUCGAAUCAAUAAGCAUAUCGUCUGGGUUGUCAUACUCACAGUCCAUAAUGAGAAGCUUUAGGUCUUUAACAAAGUUAUCAAAACUUUCUCCUUCUACCUGCUUUCUCUGAUGUGCUCUAAAUCUAGACACUCUUUUAUUUUGUCUUGGCCUUAUGUAGUCUUCUAUUUUCUUUAAUAGAAAUUGCGGAUCUCCCUCUUCACUAUCAGUAAUAUUUAGAGUUUUGUAAACUUCACGGCCUUGUUGACCUAUCCACAUUCCCAGCCAUCCGGCUUUUUGUUUACUAUCGGCACCAGCUAACGGUCCUUUGAAACAAAAGCUCACCUGCUGUUGAAACCUUAAAAACUCUUGAUACAGAUCUUUAGCAUUCCAAUUCAAGAUUGGUUGCUCAAAAUAAAAAGAAGCCAUUAUUAGAUUAAUAAAAACCUUUGUCUGGACAGCUUUUUAAAGUUUUAUUCUGACACCAUGUAAAAUAUUCGUGUUACACAAAUAACAAACUAGUGUUUAAGAGGGAAGACAUAUUAGGAACUCCAUUUAUUACGUAAACACAAGCGGUGUUGCACUGACGCGCUAGUGUGCAAAUGUACAUAUAAUACUAUUAUGUUACAGAUGUAUUCUAUUUUUUUUUUAAAUUUUGAAUAUUAAUCAGAAGAGAAAAAUUUCAAUCAAAUAUUUUUUUUAAUUUA